AUGGACAGAAUCCAACCUCAAGCACCUGGUAUAAGUCAAGAAGGGGUGGCCAGUCAGGAAGCUCCUCACUCUUCAGACAGUGGCCCCGGUCGCUUGCUCGCGGAGGGCUCGGCGCAGACUCCUGCCACCGAGAGAUUUGGAGUCGACGCAGCGUCAGGAUCUAUUGGCCUUAGUAUUCCUAUCCCAACUACUCAAGGACGCAGCGGGUUCGGCCCCAACUUGAGUCUCGUCUACGGCUCCGGACCUUCUGUCAAUGGGGCAUUUGGGCUUGGUUGGCACCUCGGAGGACUUCCCAGCAUCUCCCGCCGCACAUCGCGGGGUAUUCCCUUGUUCAAUGAUGAUCUCGAUGUCUUCGUUAGUACUGAGGUUGGGGACCUUGUCCCGGUUCUUGAAGCAGACAACAAUACGAUGAAGGAGUGCCAGUCGGGCGAUUAUCACAUUCGUUUCUAUCGGCCCUGCGUGGAUCAGGAACGCACCCGCUUGGAAUUCUGGAAGAACGGAAAAAACCCAAAGGACUGUUUUUGGAAAAUACACUCUGGUGACAAUAUUACCACUCUUCUCGGCAAAGGGACACAGGCACAAAUCUGCGAGUUGGUAGAUGAUGGUGAACAGCCAAAUCGGACGUAUUCAUGGCUUGCAACGGAGAUAUUCGACGGCAAUGGAAACAAUAUGACAUUCCAGUAUAAAUCUGAAGAUACGAGGGGUAUAUCUAAUGUCUAUGGUAAUCAUGGCAUGCGUACCACGACGGGACAGCUCGCCAUGCGAUAUCUAAAGUCUGUUCGCUACGGAAACUGGAUGCCAAACAGAGAUCUACAAACUUGGGAGGUUGCUGAAAAGAGGUCAUCGGAAAACGAUAAUGACAACAGCUGGAUGUUUGAGCUAGUUCUGGAUUAUGGGGAGCAUGGUUCCAUUGCACCCACAACUAGAGCUGAUCGUGAGUGGCCGGCGAGGAUCGAUCCUUGCUCAACGAACUCGUGCGGACUCGAAAUGGCCAUGUUUCGCUUGUGUCGACGGUUUCUAAUGUUUCACCAUUUUCCCAAUCAGCUUUCCCGCCAGGACUGCCUUGUCAAGUCACUCACGCUUCGAUACGAGACCGACCCGAGAUCAAAGACAUCUUUCUUAACCUCUUAUCAAGUUGGUGGACAUUCCCCAAAGGGACAGCAUGAACUCAACAGCAUCUGGUUACCAGCAGGUACCUUUGAGUACACUAAGACAACCAAUGUCGGUCAGCUUGAUAUAGAAGAGCUUGAUCUUCCGCUCUCCGGCAUCGCAUCAUCUGAUGCUCACAAGUGGCUCGACAUGGACGGGACCGGACUGCCGGGCGUUCUUACUCAGGUGCCCGGAUCCGGUUGUUAUUUUCAUAGUGGCGAGGAGUUGGCUUCUAGCUUUGGUGAUACGACAUCCCUUCUUCCCACAAUGCCGAGCUUUGCUGGCCAUGGGGCCCAUGAGCAGUGGGAGGACUUGGAAGGCGAUUGCCUUCUGAGCCUUAUUGUUCGGUCGCAGGAUCAAACCGUGCGAGGCUAUUUUGAACGCUCGGAAAACGGAAGCUGGCUUGGCUUCGUCCCUUUUGAGAUGGAAUCGCAUGCGGCUUCGUCUCCCUGGACAAGGAGUCUUGAUCUCAAUGGAGAUGGCCGCGCCGACCUUUUGCAUCUUGACCCUCGCGAUGGCCCCGAACUUGAUUGGUACCCAUCAUUAGGAAAGAAAGGGAGCGGACCACUCCGUCGGACACAAGGCGCACCCCUACUCACAAACGAGAGACAAGAGUCCGUCUUUGUCUGUGACAUGGUCGGGGACGGCCUCAGUGACCUUGUCCUCGUGAAAAAUGGGCUGAUCCGAUACUGGCCAAACAAGGGGCACGGUAAAUUUGGAAGCCCAGUUACAAUGGAUUCAGCGCCUUUUGAAGUUGAUUUCGUCCCGGAGAGGGUGCGUUUCGCCAACGUCUCCGGCGUGGGCGGAGCCGAUGUGAUCUAUUUCCGCCCGGGUGGUGGCGCUGCUCUGUACUACAAUCAAUCGGCCAUCAGAUGGUCAGAACACCAUGUGAUACCAAAUGUUCCAGCUCUGGGCAGGAACUCGUGGGUUGAUAUCGUAGAUAUCAAGGGCAGAGGAACGCCUUCGCUAUGCUGGAUCACCGACGAGCCCGGGUGCCCGAAAGGAUCCAAAUUGCACUUUGUCGACCUCACUGGAAGGUCGAGGCCCGGGUUGCUAAACCGGUUCUUCAACGGUCUGGGUAUGCAAACAGAGGUUUACUACCGUUCCUCAACACUCUAUCGACUCGAUGACGAGCUGAGGGGCUACCGAUGGACUACCAAGAUGCCCUUCCCCAUCCAGUGCGUGGAACGUACCGUGACAACAGAUCUGGUGACAAAGACAUCAUUCACUUCGGAGUUUACCUACUACAACGGCUACUACGAUCCCAUUUUACGCGAGUUCCGAGGUUUUCAGAUGGUCGAGAAAAGUGACAGGGAAGACAUUGAUGACAUCUGUACACCCCCAGUGAUAACCAGAACCUGGUUCUACGUGGGUCGCGAAUCAGUAGAUGCAGAUGCGGAACUACACAAAGCCUCUAGGCUAAGUUCAAGGCUCAACAGCAGUCUAAAUAGUCCCGCUAUUCCAGAGGCUCUAUCAAGCAAGAGUUUACACGAGGCAUACUCCUCCCUGGCAGGAAAAAUGCGGCGCCUGGAGAUAUUGAGCUUGGAUGGCUCCCCAAAACAGCAUCUACCAUACCGAGUUGAUCAAUGGACACAUGGCAUCAUCUUGAAACAGGCCGAGUCUGGCCAUAUUUCACCUCAUGCCGUUUUUCAAAUCAAUGAUAGAGAAAGCCUUUCAUCCCUUUGCGAGCGGACUGAUGGUAGUAACGCUAGAGUAAGACAUAUAGUGAUCCUCGAGACGGAUGCGUUUGGAAACAGCCUCCAAGAGGUGGUGGUCAACUACGUGACGCCUUCAGACGGGAGCAGCAUCACAUCCGUGAAGCCUGAAGAGCUGAUGAUGAUCCACACCGAGUCCGCCUAUACGAACUCCGUAAACGUUCCUCAAGGUAUCCGCCCGCCGCUCAUAGCCGAACAACGGCAAUUCCGCGUCGUUCUUGGUGAUGAAAGCGAAACGCCCGUGGGAGACAGAUACGAUUGGGAGUCCCUGUCCAAGAUAUUAUCCUCAGCACCAGCCGUGACCUCUCCUUCAGGGUCACCUCCCGGCAAUAACUGUCGAAUUUUACUUUCAAAGACUCGAAGUCUGUACACCAAAGACGACUUGUCGGGCCCACUACCUCUGGGGAACAUUGGGCUUUUUUCACAAAGCCAUCGAGCGUACAAGCUAGCGUUUACGGAUGCUCUACUAGGAGAUUGCCUACCAUAUCUGGAUAACAAGGGCUCAAGGAGAGAUAUGUUAGUGCAAGGGGGCUACUUCGAAUUUGACUCCAGCCCUGGGGAGUGGUGGACGCCAUCGCCGCUCCUGCUCUAUGGUCCUCAGGCCAAUAAUGACCAGCUGAGAUUUGCAAGAUCUCAUUUCUAUAUUCCCGUGGGAACCCUAGACGCCUUUGGCAACUAUCACUCAUCCUUAUUAGACGAGCUCUGUCUCUUUCCUAUCAGGUUUGAGGACGCGAUCGGGAAUACUAAAACAGUAUCAUACGAGUAUACACACAUGAAUACUACCCUCGAUGUAGACAUAAACGGCAAUCAUACCGAGUUCAGGUUUGAUUCCCUAGGUCGUUGUAUUGCUGCAGCUGUCAGGGGAAAACCAAGCGAUGAGACGGGCGACACAGUGAGUAGCUUUGAUGGGAUUGCCGAUGAUCAUUCAGUGGAUGAGUUCCUGCAGGAUCCAUCAGAAUCUCUAGCUGCCAAGCUUUUGGGGAGUGCCACAAAACGAAUCCUCUACGAGGCUGGACAUCGUGCCGAAUCACCCUUCUCUCAACCUUCGGCUGAUGGAGAAGAGGCAGAUUUCCUGCCGCUGUGUCAAGUGGAAUUGACCCGAACUGAGCAUGUGGGAAGCUCACUCCAGUCAAAGAUAGCCAUUCGGGUUGACUAUCUCGAUGGCAGCGGAAGCACCAUACAGAGCUUCACACUCAUUCAACGGAGCGAUAAAGGCAAUACAUGGCAGCGGAGCGAGUUAGCUCUGAACAGUCAAUCAGGAAAUCCUGUGAAGACGUUCGAGCCUUGCGUAACAACAUCUCACGCAUUCCAGUCUCCAAGAGAGCAUGCGGGCGCCACCUUUGUGCUGAACUUUUAUGAUGCUUUAUCACGAAAAGUCUGCAUUAUCAACCCCGACCAUUCCUGGGCCAAGGUGCGAUAUGAACCUUGGAAGAUCACCAACUAUGACGCUGGGGAUCUCGUGAGCGUCGCUGACCCAGCCCUUGACGAGGAUAUUGGUGGCUUCAUCAGGGAUAUACCAAGGGUUUGUUACCUUCCCACAUGGUUUCAACGUGCUAUAUCCUUGCAAGACACAACGGAAAGAAGUGCCGCGGAAAGCUCCUUGGGAUAUAGUGAUAUGCCAGAGACAUUGUUCGUGGACGCGGCCGGGCGUCAGCGAGCGUCUGAGAAGAUGGUCGAUAGACGGGGUCAUCAAGUACGCCGAUCCGAGAAAGUGUAUGACCUUGCCGGAAAUCUGGCUCAGGAGGCCGAUUCCCGAGAUCGCAUCGUCAGCAGCGCAAGGUAUGAUUUCUUGGGUCGGCUACUUUGCCAGCAAAGCAUGGACAGUGGACAGAGCAUGACUCUUCCCGACUGUCUUGGGCAGCCUUUUGCCAUCUGGAAUGCCAGUCAUCUCUGCAUGAGGUUCUCCUACGAUUGCCUGAGGCGUCUCAUAUCGAUCAAGCACAUAAAGCCGCAAAGCCCUCAAGCAAGUGAGGUUCUGGUCCUGAAGAAUAUGUAUGGUGAGGAUAAGACGAACGAUGAUGCCCAGAACAACCUUCGAGGAAUGCUGUAUCAAUGUUACGACCAGUCCGGGCUCUUGACGAAUCACAAGUUUGAUAUCAUGGGCAACUGCACCGUCUCCACGACCCAGCCUGCCGCCGAGUACAAGGAGAAGCUCGACUGGGCAGCCGAGCCCCCGCCCAGCCUGGAAGCUGCGGUUCACCGUACCGAAGCCUCCUUUAACGCCAUGGGCCUAAACAGACUGGUAUCUGGGCAUGGAGGGCACGUGGUUGCGCGAACGUAUGACAUGGCAGGUCGCAUUAAGACGAUUAAGUCGUACACAACGGGAGGAGAUAGCCGACCGACGGCUUCCAUUAGCGACAUUCGAUAUGAAAGAGAUGGCCAGGUCUCUCUCAUCACCUAUGGAAAUGGUUCUAGGACGACUUUUGAAUAUGGGGAGCUCAAUCGUCGUCUUAUACAGACCAGGUCCGUUCGGAGCAAGGAUGGAGCCGUUCUGCAAGAUAUUUCUACCUGGUACGACUGCUUGGGUCGAGUUGUUCGCCGGGAAAGCCACGACCAAGACAUACUGUUCUCAUCCAACAGCAAGAUCUCGCCCACCGAGACGUUCUCAUAUGAUGGGAUCGGACAGCUGUUAGAGUACAAAGGUCGAGAGCACAUCCAUGCAUCCACAGAGGCUGCUGAACGAAUACACGUCCGGGAUGGGAAAACGAGACAACCUGAAUCAGCCCCCGGAGACGCACGAAAACUGGCCGAGUUCACAGAACGUUACACAUAUGACAUUGCCGGGAAUAUUCUGAAGAUGGCACACGCACCUCUUGGGUCAUCUGGCGCAGCAGGGUGGACGCGGUCGUACGAGUACGCGGAGCCAAGCCUCAUAGAUCCUAAUGUGUGCAGCAAUCGCCUGACAAGCACUUCAAUCAGGAACUCAACCACAACCUACGGCUAUGAAGGAGCAUCAGGAAAGGAGGGAUGCAUGACAGCCAUGUCAGGGUACUCUGUCCUCCAAUGGAACGAUGAUCGCCGGCUGCAGGCCUUCUCCAGCCAGAAGGUCGCAGAUGGCGACACACCCGAGUUGACAUGGUACAUCUAUGACGCAAGCGGGCAGAGGACUCGCAAGGUCACCGAGCGAGCUUCCAAGGGCGGGUCAGAUACCUCAAAUGUGAAGCUGAAGGAGACCUUCUAUCUGCCCCUGGCGGACGUCUCCAUUACGUAUGGGGGAAAAGGGGAGGUCAAACACACCAUUGUUACAUACAAGGUGGACGAGCCCACGGUGCCAUCCUCGCCGACUAUCCUUAUUGAGAAGGAUUCGAGAAAAUCCGCUUCAUUGACGAGGUACCGGUUGGGGGACCGCCUUGAGGUCAGUGACGAGGCAGAAGUGGUCUCCUACGAAGAGUACACCCCGUACGGAGUCACCACGUAUCAUGGUCAGAUGAAAGGUGCCUCCCCGCGCCGAUACCGUUUCGCCAGCUACGAAAGGGACGUUGAGAGCGGGCUCUACCUGUGCGGCGAGCGCUACUACGCCUGCUGGCUUGGCCGCUGGACGUCUCCCGACCCGCUGGGCACCCAGGACGGCCUCAACGCGUACUGCUACGUGGGGAACGAGCCCGUCGGGAACAUCGACCCGACGGGCACCAUGGCCAAGGCGUCCACUAGCGGCGCCGGUAGUCCUCAGUCUAAGAAUUCCGGUGAUCACACAUACGACAAAGGCUGGGAGAAGGUGGUGGUCAAGGAGGCCAGCAAGAAAGAGGAUGCACACAAGGGCGAAAAGCUGAUCACGCUCUACCGAGGCGGCGAUCUCACACGGGCAUCAGAGUAUGUGAAUAGCGGUACUGACCUGGAUAGAGCGGGUCAAAGCAUAAUCACGUGGGACCCUGUUAACAAAAGGUACCGCGCUGGAGAUUUCAAUUCGGCUGAGGUAAUGGCUACGUAUUGGACAAGCGAGUGGGAGCGUGCUGAGGAACACGCAAGUACACACGGGGCGAAUGGAGCCAUCAUCGAAAUAAAGAUACCCCGGACCUGGGUUGAACACGAUCAGAGGUCCUCUGAUGGCAAGAUACUGGUUGUUGACUUCGGCCGGUUAAGUAAAUUCCAGAAGCAAGGGCUUAUUCAUGAGACAAUUCUAUUCUAUCGCCGCGGGGAUAAUGACGAUGUUAUGGAGGGUCUGCUGGGCAGUGUUGGGAGUAAAGGGGUGGAUCAUUUAUUCAAGGUCGGCCAUGCGGAGGUCUAUAUCGGGCUCGAAGCCCAGAUACCAACGGAAGACAUAAGUAUCGGCGGUUUCGCGCGCCAGAACCACGAAGUUCCUAAUCGGUGGCCCAUGGACCCUGGAAAUGCCAACCGGAAUCUAGUGGAGAACGUUGACGGAAUCAUCACCACGAUCAAGGGGAGAAUGAACGAACACGUGCAGUACUGUUUCAAGGGGCUUGAAAUGGUUCGCUCAAUCGCUGCGAGAAACGCACACGCAACCAUCUGGCGGCAUCCACCCGUGAAGACUAAAUGA